UAAUUCAAUAAAAAUAUUUAAUUUAAACAAAUCAAUUAUGUAUUCAAUGAUCACAUUUUUAUUAUUAAUAGUAUCAAUUUAUUGUAUGCCUCCCGGUGCCAUCGACAACAAUGUUGAUAAGGAACAACUGUUGAAAACAUUACAGGAUCUGCACUUUGAUGUCUGGGAUACAGAGGGAGGCUGGAAAUGGGACUGUCCUGACUGUAAAUUUCCACAAUUAGAUACCCUGUUGACUACAAUGGACACUAUGAUAAACAAUACGAAAAAAGCUGACCCUGGUACAAAGGAUGGUCAACAACAAUUGGAACAAAUUGAUAAACAAUUACCCGAUUUGAAAGAAAAAAUUAAACAAGGUCUAAAAGAGGGGGCCACCACAAUGGCCAAUGUCAACAAAGAUAGGUUAUCAAAAAUUUCUGGAUACACUCAUAGUGUGGAAACCAAUAUGAAAAAAGUGGAAGAACUGGUUGGCAGAGCAUCGGUAGAUAAGUUGGCCCAACUCAGCACAAAACGGUUGGAUAAUAUGUAUAGUCAACUGUAUACUGAUAAUGCAUUAGUUGAAAAUAUUAUCAAGUUUUUGGAAGAAAAAUAAAUUAAAUAUUUUAUCAAAAAUAUUAUUUAAAAA